GUGCGAGGAACAAGGACGAACAAUGGGCGGCGGGGUAUAAGGGCCCGCGGGUGGCUGCGUGGGGCCACUUUUGCUCUUUCCCCGCUACCACGACUACGCUCGCUAUUGACGACGACGAAUACGAAUACGACUAUGAUGAAUGCUACUACGCCACCACGAAGAGAUUUGAAGAGACAGUCGCGGGUGUCCCCGGCGCGGCGGGGGACGGCGACGAUGGAGGCGAUUGUGGAGGUGCUUGAAGUGGACGACGAGGAGGUGGAGGUGCCCCCGAAGCGGAGCAGCGUGAAGGCGCGGCGGAGGCAGGGCGUGUCGGACCUGCGUGUGCCCGUCAUCGCGCUGUUUGCUGCUGAGAACGGGGGUGAAGACGGGUGGCGGGUGUCGCUGGACGGGGAGGAGGUGUAUGACUUCCCGCUGCCGCCCCGGAGCGCGGCGAGUUCGUCGAGCUCGGGCUCGGGCUCGGAGGCGGGGUCGAGUCCUGCGACGAGCCCGGGCCCGAGUCCCGUUAGGGAGAGUCACGGUCACGGGCUGCAGCGGUGGAAGACGGUUAAGCCGCUGACGAUCACGAAGCGCUCGCGGUCGGCGUCGCCCGUCCCGCCUGCGCCCCUCCCCCAACUCCAACUCCCCGAAGAUGAUCACGACGCCGACGACGACGACAACGACGACGACGGGUUCUACGCGUCCUACGCGCGCGGCGUCUUCGCGCUCGCCCCGCCGCUCCCCGCGCUGCCGCUGCCCCCCGCCCGCGCCGACUCCGCCACCCGCCGCCGCCACCGCGAGUCCGCCGUCGUCGCCCCGCCCCGGCCUGUCUCGGCGCUCCUCACCCCGCCCGCCUCCCCCCACACGCACGCGCGCUCCGCCUCCGCAGACGUCGUGCCAAACUUCUCCCGCCCCACCUCCCUCGCGCUGCGCGCCGGCUCCCCGCCCCGCGCCAAGAGCCGCGCGCUCAGCGUGUGGCGCGACAGCGACUUUGCCGCGUACGCCCCGCUCAUAUCGGCCGCGGCGUCCCCGACGUCCUCCGGUCGUUCCGAUCCCCGCUCUCCCUCUCCCCCUCUCCCUCGCCCUACUCCGCCCCCGGCCAGCUCCCGCUCCCGCCCACCCCCCCUCUCCGCCGUCUCCGCCGUCUCCGCCCUCCUCUCCCCCGCGUCCUCCAAGCGCCGCAUCAGCGCCGAGGUCCCGUCCGAUAUCGACCUCGACGGCGACUGGGACGACGUCUUCGACGCGCACGCGGACUACCCCGAGAUCGACGUCCCCCGCUCGCCGUCCUCGUUCUCGUACGACGAGGAGGCGCGCGAGCGGCGGUCCGGGUGGCCGCGCGCCGAGUCACGUGUCCCGCCGGCCCCGGCGCCGGUGUGGCUCGACGCGCCGGUGUCGCCCGUGUCCGAGUCCGCGUGGAGCUUCCCGGAGGACUCGCAGGCCGGGUCUGGCUCCGACGACGACGAGCCUCCGCUCCGCUCACACUCCCCCGACGACGAUGACGACGACGUGUUCGGCCCGCCGCCCGGGCCCGGGCCUGGCCCGCGCACGCCGGUGCUCCGCUCGCGCUGGUCCGCGUCGACGCUCGCGUCCGUGCGCUCCGGAUCCGCCACCUCGCCCCGGUCGCCCGCGUUCCUCCGGUCCCCGGCCUCGGGCAAGACGUUCGCGUUCGCAAGGCGAUACCUCCGCGCCCCUGCGUCCCCCGCCGCGCCGAAGCGCCGGGCGUCUGUCAAACCCAAGCCCGCGAAGGCGAAGAAGGCCCCGAAGCCGGCGCCAAGGCCGAUGGGCAGCGUCAGCGCGCCGAUCCAUCGGCCAGCCAGCGCGGCCGCGGCGGGCUCGGUCGUGGUCGGCCGCCCGCCCGCGCCGAUGUCCGUCCUCGCCGCCGCCGCAAGCGCGGGAGGGGGAGCCGCGGACGCGUCCCCGUUCGCGGCGGCGUGGCCGUUCUCCGCGCAGUGGGUGGGCGUGGGGGCGGGGAGCGGCACGGGGCGGUUUACGUGA